AUGACACCGCGGCUUUUCACACCGCGCGCCGAGCCUCCCAGCGAGCUUCAUGCCCUCGCGCUCUUGGAGAUUCUCGACGCAGAUUCCCGCCCGACAUUUGUUCUCGAUCUCGACCCCAACCUUGACUUGGCGGCCCCCAGAGACCUCGCGUUGGAGCACACUAUCAACCCGGUGUUUUCCAACGAAGCUCUACAAUUUCACGAGCGCCUUUGCGAGUCUCUGUUUGCGCCGAGUGCCGCGACGCGUGCAUCCGACAACCAGCACAACAAGGCGACGACAUUUGCGCAGUUCAAGGCUUGGGCCGAAAGCGCCACGCAGCAUGAUGGGUCCAAAGACAUCUAUCCCGUCGGCUUCUUCUACAACGGUGUUUUGUGGACAGGCUCUACCAUCCGACGGCGAUGGCGACUCAUCAGCGGCAACCAGGCGUGGCAAGGGCCAGACUUGCAGGCGUUGAUGCCCACGGAACAUGCAGGCAAGGCAGCACCCGACAUGGACGAUGGAACGGUGGCUACCCACACUACUGAGGACUCGGUAUGUUCUCAGUCCGUCUUCUCUGAGUCUACUACCGCCUCACACAGACGCUAUACCAUUGAUUCUGCCCCCAACGGAUCCUCUCUGUCUUCCUACGCGCCUUGCAUCUCGCUCUCCUCCCCCGAGAUGGCCGUUGCGGACUGGACCGUGGCACACCCCAAAGGCCUCCUGUCCAGCCAUAUCCAGCACGCGCGCAGCGUCCACUGGGCUCAGACACCCCUCGGCCCCAUGGAGAGCUGGUCGCGCGAGUUCCGCCAGGCCGCCAACCUGUGCAUGUCCAACCCCCAUCCCGCCGCGCUCUUCUGGGGUAGCGAGCUCACCAUGCUCUAUAACGAGGCCUAUGCGGUGGAAGUCGCCGGCAAGAAGCACCCGUCGCUCAUGGGUACGGGCUUUUCCGGGCCCUUUGCCGAGUUGUGGGAUUAUGCCGGCCCCAUAUUUGCCGAGUGCGGCCGCACCGGGACGAGCGUGCGCAAAGACUACGACUAUAUACCCAUUGACAGAAAAGGCAUCAUUGAGGAGACAUUCUUCAACUGGUCGUUUACCCCACUGUACGGCGGUACGGACCGCAUCUUGGGGUUCUAUAAUGCGCCGUUUGAAACGACGCAAGAGGUCGUGGCAAAGCGACGCAUGCAAAUCGUCACGCAGCUAGGAGAGAGCACAGCGCAGGCCAAGACAGUGAAAGACUUUUGGCCCUGCGUCAUUGCGUGUUUUGAGGAUUAUCACUACGAUAUCCCAUUCGCGUUUUUAUACUCCAUGGAUGACGCGAACCAAAUACCAGAUGCAGAAUCAUCAACCCACAGUGCUGCCGCUACUACGUGUCGUUUCCAAGGGUCCCUUGGCAUACCGGAAGGACACAUUGCCACGCCUCCACAGCUCGACCUCAACGGUAGCCGCGGAGAGGGCUUUAUCCCAUCCUUUCGCGAAGCCAUACGCAACCGCGGGCCGACGCUUCUCCACACGCGCGAUGGCUCUCUACCAGAACCCCUGAUUGCCGAUUUCCAGUGGCGCGGCUUCGGCGACCCGUGCCACCAGGCCAUUGUAUUUCCUGUGCGUCCCACCAACGAAGACCGGGUCCUCGCCGUGCUGGUGCUCGGGGUGGCGCCGCGCCGCAUCUACGACGACGAGUACGAGGCCUUUCUGCGCAUGCUCAACCGACAGCUUGCCACGUCGCUGGCCUCGAUUAUUCUCUACGAGUCCGAGGUGCGCCGCAGCCGGGAAGCAGCCGCGCUGGCGGCCAAGAAGCAUCAGCUGCUGGAGGAGGAGCUGCGCUUGCAGGCGAAUCGCAUGCGCCAGAUGGCGGAAUUCUCGCCGCUGGGCAUGUUCUUCAUCAGCCCAGAGGGGGUCUUGCUCGAGGCGAAUGAGCAGUUCUUUGAGAUGACGGGCUUGGACAAGGAAUGUCGGCUGCCCAUGUCCUGGACGGACUGCGUGGCUAGUACGAGCCAGGAGUCGAUAAGCCUGGCUUGGGCACAAAUGCGCGACAAGAGGACAUCUUGGUCGGGUGAGCUGCUACUCAAGAGUCGCCCUCCUAGUCAAAGCCAAGCGCAAGAAAUUUUUGAGCAUUGGGUUCUCUUCACAGCGCACGUCGAGACACAAUUAGAUGGCUCGCUCAAGUCCGUCAUGGGAUCCAUUACAGAUAUUUCGCAUCUUAAGUGGGCGCAAAAUCUGCAAGCGCGCCAACUCGAAGAAGCCGAGGAGAUGAGAAGGCAGCAGAAUGAAUUCAUCGACAUCACCUCGCACGAGAUACGCAAUCCGUUGAGCGCUAUUCUGCAAUGCGCCGAUGACAUUUCGUCUUCCUUGGCAGACGCAGACAGCACCUACCCAACCAAGGAAACAUUGGCAGCCUGCCACGAGGCGGCAGCGACAAUCUCGCUCUGUGUGCAUCACCAAAAGUCCAUUGUCGACGACGUUCUCACCAUUUCCAAGCUGCACUCCAACCUUCUACAAAUAACACCUUCCGUGACCCAACCGGAAACGAUACUGCGGCGCGCGGUCAAAAUGUUUGAGUCGGAAGCUCUGGCAAAAGACGUUCGCCUCAUCAUUGACCGUGUCCCGGGCCAGGAGGACCAGGAUGCCGCCACCUCUGUCGUUCUUGACCCCAGCCGCGUCUUGCAGAUUCUGGUGAACCUCAUCUCCAACGCCAUCAAGUUCACCGUGUCGUGCACGAACCGCGUCAUCACCGUGAGCACGUGUAUACAAUCCAGCCCGCCCGAGGAGACGGACGUGCCAGAGUUCCACUUUGCACCCUCGGACAUUGAAAGCCGGACAACCGACAACGCCAGCGAGUGGGGGCGUGGCCGGCCCGUCUACGUCUGCUUCAAAGUCAACGACACGGGCUGCGGGCUCGCGCCGCGCGAGCAGACGGCGCUCUUCCAAAAGUUCAAGCAGGCGUCACCGCGCACGCAUGCGAAAUAUGGCGGCAGUGGCUUGGGGCUCUUCAUUUCCAAGAAGUUGACGGAGCUUCACGGGGGCCGCAUUGGCGUGGCGUCUACAGCAGGGCACGGAACCAUGUUCUUGUUCUAUGUGCAGGCAAGAACGAGCGAUGUCUCCACGCCGGCUCGAAUAACGGAGGCGCUUGGCCACAUGGAUAUUCAUUCGUCAAGUGUUGCUGCGGGUUCGAGACGUUUGCCACCGUCGCCGCGUCGAACAAAGGCCGCAACGGAGCCACGCACUCCCACGCCGCCCAACGAGGCGCUCGUCAAUACCCAUAUCCUUGUCGUGGAGGACAACCUGAUUAACCAAAGAGUGCUCGUGAAGCAGUUGAGAAAGCUUGGCUGCCACGUCUCCGCUGCGAAUGACGGCAUGGAGGCGCUGGACUUUUUGAACAAGACGCACUUUUGUGUCCCCAGUGGAGCUAGUCUGUCGCUGAUCCUGAUGGACCUUGAAAUGCCCAACAUGGACGGCCUCACGUGCGUGCGCGAAAUUCGUGCCAUGGAGCGCUGUCGCAAAAUAGCAAGCCACGUACCCGUCGUUGCAGUCACGGCGAAUGUGCGCAAUACCCACAUCGAGGCGGCAAAGGAGGCGGGCAUGGAUGGCAUUGUCUUGAAGCCCUUUUCAAUCAGAAGCCUGCUGCAGAGGAUAGAGCCCUGGAUACCCAUUACUUAA